UUCCGCCCGUCUCCUCACGGGUUUAAUAAAUGUAUGUUUAACACGUGGGCGCAGGACUCGGCCCGAGCAAACCGCUGGGUUGUCGUCGGCGCUGUUUGUAUAGGAAUUCAUUAUCUAAUCAUAACAGUGAUCUGUGGCACAGUACAUACGCCCUCAUGGCUGAUCAGCAGCUCUGCUGAUUACAAGGAGGGCCACGCUGCUCUCACUUUCCAAGUUUCCACUUCAGUUUACUCACUAAUUAACAAUAAAUCCAACAAUCUGUUGAUCCUGCAGAGUUGUAACCUAAAUCUGCACCUCUCAUCGCCGUUAUAACGAGCUUUAUUUCAUGAUUAGUUGUGUUUCUGUGAUAUUUCUCAUGUAUUUUUACACAAACCUCCCCAAGUUUUGCAAAAAAAGUGACAGUUGUUUUUUAACUUUAAAAAAAGAAAAAUUAAGCGAAUCGUGAUCUGAGUAAUGUUAUCUAGCUGUUUUUACAGUGAAAAACACAUUUUGUAUCAGCAUAUAGAAUAAGGUCCACUAUAUUUAAAAAAAUGUAACAAUUAAUCAGUUGUUGAUUGGUAAAGCUACCUUCUAUUGGUUCAGUAAAUUGUCCAAUGUUUUGCUUGUUUCUUCUUCUUUUUCAAGGGUUUUUAAUGGUUUGCAAACAUCUGGUUUGGUUUCCAUCUUCUUCUACUGUGUAUUUUACAACUACCAUAGCUUAUAGCACCACCUACUGAUGUCUCCACACAAGCUAGUUUAUUUGCUGCAAGACUGGAUCCCACUCCUCCCUCCGUAUCCCUGAGAACCGACCUCCACCUCCAGCCCUGGCCCCGGGGCAGCCAAUUUUCACCUCUUUGGAGCAUCCAACGACCUCCAUAUCUUGCAGCUUCACACCGAACCUCCAACACUAGCAACCUCAGGAGGGGUCACUCCUUUGGGAGACGCCCUCCGCCCCCCUCCCAGGACCCCAGGGACGGGACCCUGUCAUGUUUAACUGACUGACGCCUCCCGACCGGCGAAUGACAAGUGUGCAUCCGAGGGUGGGGCUUGCCUCAGUCUCUCAUGAUUGGCUGCUGGAUGGAAUUAAGGUGAAUGGAACACAUGCCCAAGGAGCAGGACUCUAACCCAUCAGAGGGAGAAGAGAAACAGUGGCGCAAUGGCCCGAAAAGGAAGAGGAAGAACAGCCAAUGUUCGGUGAAGAGUAUGACUGGGUACAUACCCAGCUACCUCGAAAAGGAUGAGCCAUGUGUGGUGUGUGGCGACAAGGCCACAGGUUACCACUACCGCUGCAUUACCUGCGAGGGCUGCAAGGGUUUCUUUCGUAGGACCAUUCAAAAGAACCUCCACCCCAGCUACUCCUGUAAGUACGAUGGCUGCUGCAUCAUCGACAAGAUCACCCGCAACCAGUGUCAGCUCUGCCGCUUCAAGAAGUGCAUCGCAGUGGGCAUGGCCAUGGACUUGGUCCUCGAUGACUCAAAGCGAGUGGCCAAACGGCGCCUGAUUGAGGAGAACAGGGAGCGACGCAAGAAGGAAGAAAUGGUGAAAUCCCUCCAGACCCGUCCAGAGCCCACUGGGGCAGAGUGGGACCUAAUCCGCCUGGUGACGGAGGCCCAUCGACACACCAACGCUCAGGGCUCACAGUGGAAACAGAAGCGCAAAUUCCUGCCAGAAAAAAUCGGCCAGUCUCCGGUUUCGCCGACGUCAGACGGAGACAAGGUGGACCUGGAGGCCUUCAGCGAGUUCACCAAGAUCAUCACUCCUGCCAUCACCCGCGUCGUCGACUUUGCCAAAAAACUGCCCAUGUUCUCGGAGCUGCCUUGUGAAGACCAGAUCAUCCUGCUGAAGGGCUGCUGCAUGGAGAUCAUGUCGCUGCGAGCCGCCAUGCGCUACGACCCAGACAGCGAGACGCUGACGCUGAGCGGCGAGAUGGCGGUGAAGCGCGAGCAGCUGAAGAACGGCGGGCUGGGCGUGGUGUCGGACGCCAUCUUCGAUUUGGGCAAGAGCCUGGCGCAGUUCAACCUGGACGACACGGAGGUGGCGCUGCUGCAGGCCGUGCUGCUCAUGAGCUCAGACCGAUCGGGCCUCACCUGCAUGGACAAGAUCGAGAAGUGCCAGGAGACCUACCUGCUGGCGUUCGAGCACUACAUCAACCACCGCAAGCACAACAUUCCCCACUUCUGGCCGAAGCUCCUGAUGAAGGUGACGGACCUGCGGAUGAUCGGGGCGUGUCACGCCAGCCGCUUCCUCCACAUGAAGGUCGAGUGUCCCAACGAACUCUUCCCCCCGCUCUUCCUGGAGGUCUUCGAGGACCAGGAGGUGUGAGACGCCACAAAGGGAAGAGGAAGUUUGGGGGGGCAAACAAACGACAAAAAAAACAACACACAAAACGGGAGAUGGGUUUUCCGGCCGACGUUUUAUCGUCCAGCCGGGGAUGAUGGAGGGAGAGAAUCUGCAUUUCUCUGACGUCACAUUCACAGUAGGUGGUCUGAAACUGGAAAUAAGCGAAACAACAACACACCAGCAACAGGAGCAAACAGGAUUUCGUUCACCUUUUCCUCCACCUCUUUCUCCUCCUCCUCAUGCUUACCCGUUUUCAAAUCUGUGUGGGGGCCCUUCUGUCUGAGCACGAUGUCUUAUCUACUAAGAGUUGUAGCCAUUUGCCAAGACACAAACACAACCACAUGCACACAAACACACAACAAGCCUGUUCCACCUCAGUUCUUCAGAGCAGCGCUCUUUGCAGGGGUUCAUUUCCCCCCUUCUUGGUUCUUCUGUUGCGGUCGCAGGUUUAUUUUGAAGCCCACGUCUCUCCGGCGUCGUGGCCGGAAGCACCUCUCAGUAUUAUUUCUGAAUAAGCGUUAAGGCAGAAAUUCAGAAAACACUCGGACGAUAGUUUGUCACUCGAUAAAACGCUGCACACUGAAAUUUUUCUGCAGACGUUUUCCGCUUUACUCUGGAGCGUCCUGGCUGAAAGUGAAGCAGAGCUAGUUAUCAAUUACUCAAUCUGAGCCGUUCACAGUGAAACCGGUGCUAUAUUUAUACAAGGCUACUCCAGUUUUAUGAAAUUGUGUUGUCUACCUUUGAAAACCGUGCAGACCGUGGCUCCAUAUCUACCUUCAUGUUGUCACUGGACCGGCUCCUGUGACAAACACACACAUAUACACACACACAUAUACGCACAGAAACACAUGAGCAGACUCACCUCGUUGUUGCCUGUAGGUCUUGGAAAUGGCGAUUACCAGAAAGCAGAGCUAGCGGGAUGUUAGACUGUAGAUUCAGUUCUGAAUAGCAGCAACCAGCGGCAGGACGGCGGCGCUCAUCUGACAAACACACACACACACACACACACUCUUUCUCUGUUUCUAUUUGUGACACACAUUAACAUGAAAAACACAUAUCACCUCAGAGUAACGUGAAUGCCUCAUUUUACUGUAUGCGCUGCGCAGUACGCGGCGCUGGAAUACAGCCCUAACCUGCAGGGUUCGUACCGAGUCCCUCCUCCUCACGGACUCGGCUCAGUGUGGCCCCUCCAGGCUUCCAUACACAUCUGCCUUGUUUUUGACCAUGGGCACACUGAGAGCAGGCUGAUGCCAAGAAGGCUACCAUUUACCUCAAAGCGGACACACCCCCAGGCUGGGGCAGCAAUACUGCCCCCGUGGUGUCAGGCUCUACCUCACCUCUGUGGACACAGGGCAGCUGCCCACAGCCUACACACAGACAUACACCAUCCAAGUUGGCGCACGAUUAACACAGUUUUUACACCUGUAGUCGAGGAUAAAGUUAAGAAAAAACACUCUCAGAUUACACACACACCCUCAGUGCUAUCACUUGGUUCAAAUGAAAUACCACUGAAGACAGGAGGGCCGACCACCUCCCCCGGGAGCCGUGGUACCCAUCACAUCCGGCUUUUUCUUUUUCUCUUUUUAUUGUUAUAUGGGACCAAUUGUCAUCUUUUUUUUUUUUUUUUUUUUAAAAAUCGAAAAAAAAUUUGGAUUUAUGUGUUUCUGUAAAAACAGACGAAGGACGGAGUGGAAUGUGCAGCCCAGCUGACGCCCGAAAAACACGCAGUCAAAACCCAACGGUGGCCUCGCCCGAUGAAUCGCAUCAAUGGAAAGGGCAGUUUUUCCCCCUUUUUGUUUUUUGCAGAGCGACGAUGUUCUUAUUGGAAAUAAGCUCCUGCACAGAUAAAAACAUGGAAUGUCCUCGACCCUUUUGGUCGCUCACGACGGUGACGUUUCAGAGCGGAUAUCAUCAGCGAAUGUUGGAUUGGAUUUACUCAGAAGCCCGCUCUGUUCAUUCCAGUUCUGGGGCCAAGCCAAAGCUAGCCGGGUUCACCACCGCGAAGACAAAGAAAGGAAUCGGAGGCUGUUUUACCGAGCAGGAACCAGAAUAACAGCGGAGAGAAAGAAGAAUCCCCUUCCUCAAGCGCAUCUCCAGACAUCUCAAGCCCCGUGACUUUGCCCUUUUUUUUCCUGGAGCCGAGCUCAGACUGAACCACCACCACCGACGACAGAUCAGAGACGCCCGUUCAGCCAGGCUGGCGGGAGUUUUUUGCACUACUGCAGCUGUCCUUCCCCUUUUCAUUGAGUUCUAGAUUCAAUCCGACCCACUGAAGCAGCUCUGUGUAACAGAGGCCGGCGUGUUGCAGUGGGCUCAGUCCCAAACCUGUCCUGUUGUCAGUAUUACACCGACCUAAAGGGGUGGAGAGAGAAGCAAGAAUUUUCCGGAAGAGUUUCCGGAGGGCUGCGUAGCACUUAACUCCCUUUUUACUCCCAUCGUUGCCCCCAUUUCCCUUCCCUUCCCUCGAGCGAAACCUCCAAGUCCGGCCCAGACACCAAAACAGGAUCAAGGCCUGUCCCUUGUGAGACAAGGCUGGCCAUAACUGCCCUUUUUUUUUUCUUUCUUUUUGUUAAAAGAGCGGCGCCACCGAUUGAAUGUGAAGCAGCAGCAGGAACUCGAGAAUGUGAGGAGAGGAAAUAAAGAAGCCGCUCGAGGAAAACCCCUCGCCGGCAUCUUCGACAUGGGCGAGAGACGGGGGGGUGAUGUGGCCGGUUGUAGAGACAACAAAUAAGAGGAAGUCUUGGAAAAAAUCUCAGCCGCACAUGAACCUCCCCUCCGACUCCCAUGCCAGCUAAUAAAACCCCCAAAAAACGUCCUCCUCCCCCCCUUCAGCUCCCUCCAAAAAAAAAGGAUAAAACCUCCGACGUUGGAUUGCCGCAGAGACGCCGCGUCUUUGCGCAAAAAGAAACUGAAGAAGCAAAAUAUAUUUGAUGUCCUUUGUUGUCGUGAGCUGAGCGGGUAUGUGUGUGUGACCGUAGGGGUUAAAAUGCUGCUUUACCUUCUGAUUUAGAGUAAAAGAAAAAAAUAUAUGAAAUGAUUAUAAAUCCAUGAGACAAAAAUGAAAAAGAGAUGACUUUUUAAAAAAAAGGACUCCUGAACAAAAAUUAUCGGAGAUUUGUUUUCAUUUUAUAAUUGUUUUUUUCUUAUAUUUGUUUGUUUUUUGUUUUGUUUUUUGACGCUUAAAACUGCUCUGUGUAAAAGAGAUAAAAAAAUACAGCUGUAGUCACUUUUUGACCAUGCGUGCAGUGUAACAUAGAAAAUAUUUCACUUCUUUUUCACAUCUAUAGUUUUUUGUGUUUAUAAGCCAACUGAUCUGUUUGUCUGUGUGUCUGUCCAGUUGUCCGUCCCCUUUUAUCAGGAGGAAUUUACAACCAACAAUGGAAAAAAAACUUUGAAAAAACUACAAAAAAAAAACAGGAAUUUUCUCUUUUUUUAAAUAUUUUGUUUUCUUUUUUUAUGGAAAUACAACUUUGGAAGAAAAAAACUGAAAUAGAGAAAAAAUAACACAACAUAAACUGAAAAAAGCAAAAAAAAAAAAAAUUUGAAACACAAUCUUGUCAUACCUCACACAACACAAAACUCAAAGGAACUUGGGAGGAGUCAUAUUUUGCAGGCACAUGUGAAAGUUCAUAGAUGCAUAUAUAGAUUUAAAAACAAAAUGUACAUGUUAAAGAUAAUAUGUGCUUGUGUGUACGCAUCAGUGGAAGUUACAAAAGGACUCUUCCCUCAAGCUUUGGCGCCCUUUUUUAUCGUUAGCGAUUUGGUUUCCGACACAGUUUCCGCAGAAAGUAAAGUUUAAAAAUGUGAACGGCCCAGAGACUGAGGGAUUUGGACUUUCUGUAAUGGCUGAGUGUUUUAUGGAAUUGAAUGUAGCUGACAGGAGGGCGGCUGGACCUGAGCCCGGCACCCACAACCUAAACUUCCACACACCAGCAGAAAGGAUAGUGGUGUCACAUAGACGUUACAAGAAGAAUUAAAAAGAAAAACAACCAACAAAACUGAGAAAUAUAUAUAUAUAUAUAUAUAUUGCCCCAUCUGCAAGGUGCAAUACUAUGUUAUGUAUUUUUGUAUGUUCUUUUUUUUGUUUCAGUUCUCUUUUAUUUUCAUUUCAUUUGUUUUUUUUUUUUUUUUUUUUUGGUUUUUAUUUUGGCCAUAACCAAGGAUGUAAAUACGAGAAAAAAAGUAAGCAUACAACACUCAUUGUAAAAAGUUUUUAAAAAUUUAACCGCUCCAUCCCACUGUCACGUAAGUGGAACUAAAACAAAAAGGAAAAAAAACUGUAACAAUAAUAAUGAGCAAAGAAACGUGUAAUGCUUGUUACAUUUUCUACGUAUGCACCCUCUCACAUGUGCAUGCAGAUCCAUACUCAAAAAGUGCCCCGUGACAUUAAUCAUGAACCCUGUGCCUCCUCUUGUUUGCAAAGAGAUAGAUGCUUUAUUGGAGUUUAAAAGUGGGAGGUGGGAGAAUAGAACAUAAAGCAGGUUUAUUAUUUUGGCGUGAAUGCCAGCUAACCUGGCUGCUACACAUCGUUUAAGUCCUCAGAACGGACGGAAAAACCGUCCACGACCUCACAGGAGCUCCGCGGAAACCGGCCUCGAAAUGUCGGACGUUGUCUGGAAGACCAUCUAGUUUUGUCGCUUUUAGGAGCUACUUCUGCAGGUAAUUCUGGGAUUAAUACAGGAGGUCUUCGAAUCACGUUGGAGUUUCGUACCUAAGUCAAUUUUCACCGUAAAGGCCUCUACACACUGUGAUUUUAACAAUCUUGUAAGUCCACAGCUUGUUACGCUGUACGACAUGAAUCUAAUAAUCUUUGGGCACAAUGUGAAGUUUGCUUAGUGCAGAUUGCACGAUGAAAACGCAACUGAAUCGCAACCUACGAAGUACAUGAGUUGACGUGAAUACGCAAGAAUAAAACGUCAUAAGCGCGCACCGUCCAUCCAUGAAAACUAAACAACCGAAGCAGAAACAGAGCUCCUACAAUCACAGGGAAACUAGCCAAACAUGAACGGAGCCCUCGCCCUGCUAAUGUGUUUGGAGAGAAAUCCCAAAAAAACAAGGCUUCUGCUGCCACAACUCUGCUAGGUGGUCUUCUUUGUUUAAAUCCCACAUACUUGUUUCGAUGCAUUUUGCCAUUGUUGCCACAAAUCAUCUAUUUGGGUUAGAAUUUCAUGGCAGCUUGUCUUUGGUCGCAUGACCAUGACAACGGCCGUCCUUGAACCUGUCUCGCAGUGCAACGUACGACCACCGAUUUAGAGCCAAGACCAAAGCUAUCUCCACCAUUCUCUCACUAUUGUUAUCUUUGGUCUGGGACGGCUGGAAAUCACACAGUGUGUAGUGGUCUUAAGUUGGAACUCCGAUGAAAAUGUAAACAAAGCCGUUACGUGCAUCACGAUAUGAAUCAGUUUACAUAUUUGUACAACUACAGUAAUAACAGUAAUUAGCUCACACUGAAACACAACUCGGUAGGAAAAUGCUGGCGAAAAUGUAAGCAAAGCCGUUACCUGCAUCAACAUAAGACUCACCGGGAUACGCCGCUGCUGUUGGUCUUCCAGCCAAAGCAGUAAUUUUCUUUCCAUCUCAAAAAUGAGACCAUGAUGCAGAUCCUUUCACAUUUUAAAAUUCUCACUUUUUAUCACUGAUGAUUGUGGAGACAGUCAUGGGACUUAGUCCAAGCAACCAGCCGAUGUUUGUCUGUUUCGCCCUGUUCCAAGCAUUUUAUUACAUCCAGGUUCACCAGUUUCCAUGGAGAUGGCUUUCGUUUUCUUCAAAGCAUCAGUCUGACUUACGCUUGGGAGCCAUAAUGAAGUUAGCGAAAGUAGCAUAAUCCAGUGUGGCGGCAAAUAGAAACAAAGCCAUCUUACAGCGCCACAUGACGACAUAUUCAUCCGCUAUGCUCGCCAACUAGUUCCAUUGAACCACUUCCAAUGUUAUGAUGAAACGCCGUAAGUCGAGAAGGUCGUAAACCGAGAACGUUGUAAACCGAGGACCUCCUGUACUGCAUAUGCAUCUUCGAGAUUUAUUUAUAGUGCUUCGAUAUCUGGCAAGGUUGAUUCAAGCAAUGGUUCAAAUUCUGCUUUUACGGGAUCCAAUCUGAACCAAAAAACACCUGAAAUGAAGCGUAAAUAAAGUUUUAACAUGUUUCCAGAUGGCAAAAACGAGCUUUCAGAGUCCGGUUUCUCCACGGAGCUGCACAGAUCCUGGUUUUAUUCUCACUUGUUGACACAUUGGACAAGGGUGGAGAUUUGUCUGUAAUGUCUUUUUUUGUUUUUUUUUGUUUUUUUUUUUAUGGUUGUGUUUGGUCCCCCCCCUUAUGCCAAAUGUAGAGUUUUGUUUAAAGACGACAUGCAAGUAGCAAGAUGUCUAUGCAAUUUCCCUCCUUAAAAACAAAAAAACAAAUAAAAAUCCCUCCGAAAUGGUAAAAAAAAAAAAAAAAAAGACGGGGCUCGCUGUAGCAACAAGCGGCUCUGUUUCUCGCUGGUGAAAAAUCAAAUUCGGCCCGGCUUGAGUUUCCAGAGGUUCUUUGCAUGACCCAAAGACCCCUUGCUACUGUGUGUGGGAACCGGACUCUCCCAGAGGCGAGAUUCGCUGGACUUCUAGCCCGUGAAAACUGGGGCUCGAAGUCCGGCGAACCUCCACGGCGGAGUCCGGGUCCAUGAGAGGAAGUAGGAGGGCUUUUACUGGGGAUGUUGUGGAGAACAAGGAUUCUACAAGAUGUGCUGUUUUUUGUAAACUGCUCAGAAAAGUGGUGCGUGCGUUACACGUGUGUGUGUGUGUGUGUGUGUCGUUUGGACGUUGGUGGGCGUUUCCUUCGAUGCUCUCAUCGUUCGGUGGACGCAAAAAUCCAGACAAAGACCCUUAAAAUCCAGCCCCCGAAGCCUUUAUUCCUGCGACCAAGUUAAUGUAACAUUAGAUUUUAGAGCGGUUCGUGUUCGUGAGUUUAUUUCAACCCAUUCCCGGAAUGGGAAAAGAAGAAAGUAGGUAAUAACGAGCAUCUAGAACCUGCUGACCUUCAAACCUACAUAGAGCACUUAACUAGAAAGCACUUUGAACGGCCCAAACCCCAAAAAUCCUUGGCAGUAUUAAUUGUAAUGAGAUAAAAAUAUAUAUGUAUAUGUAAAUUGCACCCAUGCCAAAUGCCUUUUGCACCAUUUAAUGUCUUUUUAAAAUUAGUUUAACCCAAAAAUAAACAGAGCUCAGGCCUCUAGGCAAAGCCAUUUUAAUUCUAAAGUUUACAAUUAUUUUUUCAAUCAAGUGCAAUAAGUGAGGGAGUGAACCUUGUGGCGUAUUUGUCGUCUAAUCGGAUCUUUUUUUUUCCCUUACCGCCGACGAGAGCAUCGACAAAAAAGAAAUGAAAAUACCUCGGUCCAGACACACACACACACACACACACACACUCACACCAACAUGCACACACACAAACACAGACCACUUUUUGUGACUGGGUAAAGGAAGCUAUUGAAGGAUUCUCUCAGGUAAAAAGAACAUUUUCUAAUAAAUGAUGAUGAACCUUAGAUGAAAACCCAUUGUUAGCUCAUCUUUUUUUCAUCUUCUCAAUUUGCAAUCGCCCGAUGUACGUUUUGUUUUUUCAUUUUUUUCUGUUCUGUGUUUUUGGUCCAGGUUAAAAAGUGUAUGGAAAACCAGGUUCUUCAAAAAGAAAACAAAUUGGAAGCAGAAUAAUCAGGCUGCAUUCUUCUACCUCGAACUGAAAGCAAAUAUCUUCAUGUAUUGAGGUGGGAAAGUGUCUGUCAGUGGGUUUUAUUUGGGUGUUUUUUUGGGUCAUUAGGGUUAAAUUGUACGGAAGCCCAUUUAUGCCAGGAAAAAAAGAUAAAAGUAAACAUAAAGCAUAAGAAAUUCUGAGAUAUUAACUAAUACUAACUUUAUAAUGUCAAAAUAAUUAAAAGCUUAAGUUAUUUCCUGACAAUUUGUAAACAUUUUGACACAAUUGGCUGCCAUAAUUUAGAUUUUUAUACAAGAUGGAUGUUAAGAUAUCAAUUCAAACUUUUGAUUUUUUUUAUGUCAAAUUUUGACAUUUCAGUUUAUUACCUCUUAAUUUUCACUUAAGUUUUAAGAUCCAUUUUGAGUUGCAUAUAAAUAUGUAUAAGGAUAUGUAAUUUCAAUAAAAAUUUGGUUCAAAAAAAAAAAGUUUUAAGAAAUGCACAUAAGUGGCAUCCAUAAUUUUGAAUUUUGCCUGAGUACAUUUAUUUUCAUCAUUGAAACUGCUACAUAUGACAAACGUAAAGCAUAAAAGAUUCUGAGACAUUAACUAAUACUAACUUUACAAUGUCAAAAUUAUGAAAAACUUCACUUAUUUCCUCACAAUUUUCAAACAUUCUGACAUAAUUUGCUGCCAUAAUUUAGAUUUUUGCACGACAUAGAUAUCAAGAUAUUAACCCAAACUUUUGACUUUAUAAUGUCAAAAUAAUGACAUUUCAAUUAAAUACUUCAUAAUUUUCACUUCAGAAAGUAAAAAUUUUGCACACAUUUGGCCUCCAUAAUUUAGUUCACUUACUGUUAUUGUACAAAAUGCUAGCUAUGACAAAAAUAAAAAAGCAUAAAAAGCUGACUAUUUCACCUUUAGCAUAUCAGAAUUACAACAAUUUUAUACAUAAUAGUUUGCAAUUAAAAAGUAAAGAUUUUGCACAUAUUUGGCGUCCAUAAUUUAGAAUUUGUAUGAGUUUACUUAUUGUUAUUGUAGAAAAUGCUAAGUAUGAAAAUGAUAUCAGGAAAAGGAUAUUAAAGAUAAUAAGCCAAACUUUUGAUUUUAUUCUGGCAAAAUUAUGACAUUUCAGUUUAAUACUAAUACAAAUUUUUCACUUUAAAAAGUAAGAAAGUAAGUAAGUGAGUAAGAAAUUUUGCACAUAAUUGGCUGCCAUAAUUAAAUUUUUGCAUGACAAUACUUAUUUUUAUCGUCAUAUGUCCAAAUCAUGACUUAGAAUUCCAUAUUUUUGCUUUUAAAAGCCACAUUUUGCAUUUAGUGUCAUAAUUUGUGUUUGUUAUGUCAGAUUUUUGAUUUUAAAGGUCCAAAAAUUUGAAUUCGUGUUGAAAGCUAUGCUUCAGUUAUUUUUUUCCUGGCAGAAAUGGGUUGCACAAUUUAAAAAAAAAAAAAAAAAAAGAUUUCUUUGUGUUUCCAUUCAGGUCAGCUUAUUUCUAUUUCUAACAUCCGGCCCGAGCGCUUGAUCCCAAAAACAGGUCACAUUUUGACUUCUUCUUCUCAUGUGCCAGAUUGUGCCAAUCUAAACCCAGCCCUUCCUUACCCACAUCCAGUCUUUUGCACUUUCAAAGCGCCGGCAGCAGCUCUCCUCACCCAGUUGGCUGAUGGGUUACAUUCAGCAGCACAUGGCUCCAUCCGAGCCGCCGUCAUCCACCCGGCAGGCCUCUUCUACUUCACUGUUCUUACUGUUCAGCUCUGUGAUGUUCCCAGAAGGUUGGCGUAGCUCCAACCAUGGCUGUGCAUGUGUAUCAGUGUGUGCAUGUGAAUGUCAGCACCCGUGUGUGUGUCGGUUUGUUGAUUUUCUGAUCGACCUGCUUCGCUUUCCCCACCUAAAAGAAGAAAAAAUGUUUUCUAAAAGCACCUUUUUAGGCCGCGGUUUGACAGAAGUCUGUAGAAUAGAGUCCUGUUGUAUUUCCUUUGAAGAAUGUACCCAGCGCUGUAGGAAAGAGGGGGAUUAUUUUUUUUAAAAAGCUGCAAUAAUUAGAAAAAACUAAACGAGCAGCACCUCACAAUUGUUUUCCCAAAUGAUGGCCUUAUCGAUGGCGUUGUUGCAUCCCUCCUCUGUGGCGUUUCACGGGAUUUAUUAUGAAGGAGCACGGAGCUGGAUCUCGGGGAAACGAGUUGGUUGGAUUCUCGAGGGCGACUUUUAGGUUAUCGCUACACGCAAUAUUAAGCGACUAAAUCCAAGCCAAUGCUCCCUCUGCGGCCACAUUAGCGCCUGCCGAGGAGAACAUCGAGACCCGUGAGCCGAACGACGUAAUCAAAGUGCCAAAUCUGUUCUUUAUGCACGCUACCUAGACUGUUUUUGAAAUUUUUUCCUAAAAUGUGACUGUUUUGAAUUGACUGUUAACGCACAGUUUGGUAGAAAUCACCGAAUAGCUGAAUAAAGAUGCGUUACUGCACCCCGUCCAUUAUCACAAUUCACAUGAAGCUCUGUUGUGGAGUCAUUUUGGUUUUUCACAACAAAUAUGGAAGCCCAUUUGUACCAGGAAAAAAAGGAAAAUGCUAAAAAAUAACACAAACAUAACUAAAAAGUGGAGAUAUAAAGUCAAAUUUGUCAGAAUAAUGAAAAUUUUAUCCUAUUACCUCAUAAUUUUGCACACAUUUGACUGAUUUUUGCAAAAAAAAAAAAUCAGGGAGGCGUAAAAAAAUCAGAUGUUAAAUAAAACUUUGGACUUUUUUUCAAAAUUAUAAAAUUUAAAUUUUUUACCUCAUAAUUUCAUUUAAAAGUAAAAAUUUGCGAUAAAAAUUGGAGAUAUUAAAUCAAAAUUGUAGCUUUUUUUAUGUCAAAAUUAUGAAGAGGCUCAUAAAGUUCAAAUUUCAUCAUUUUGCCUCAAUUUUCUCUUAAAAAGUAAACAUUUUCCACAUAUUUGGCUGAUUUUCGCGGAAGUAUACUGACUUUUAUUGUCAUAUUUCUAAAUCACAACUUGUGAGUGAGUGUGGGUCAUUUGGGUUCUUUGUGCACCAAUGUACGGAAGCCCAUUUGUGUCAGAAACAAAAAGAAAAUGUUAAGUAUGACUAAAAUAUAAGGAAAGCAUAAAAAAAAUUCUGAGAUGUUAAGUCAAACUUUUGACUUUUUGAUGUCAAAAUUAUACAAUUUUAAAUUUUUACCUCAUAAAUUUCACUUAAAAAGUACUAAUUUUGCACAUAUUUGGCUCAUAAUUUAGUUUUUGCAUAAGCAUACUUGUUUAUAUUGUCAUAUUCCUGAAGUAGACUUAGUAGAAUUAUUUUGAUUUUACAAUCACAUCAUCACGUUAUUACUUGAAAUUGCAAUCUCAUAAUUCAUAUUUGUUUGUUUUAAAAAAGCUGAAAUUUUAAGACAAACUUCACUAAAAACUAACUUUUUAUGUCUAAAUUAUAAAAGUCUAGUAUAAUCAAGUUGAAAUUUCAAUUAUUACCUCACAAUUUUAAAAUAUUUUGACCUAAUCGACUGCCAUAAUUUAGAUUUUUGCAGGAGUAUGCUUAUUUUUAUUGUCAUGUUUCUUAAUCAAAAUGACCUAAAUUUACAUCAUUUUAAAACAGUGUUUGCAUUUAGUGUCAGAACUUUAAACUGUAGUCUCAUAAUUGGUAUUUUUUGUCAUUUUUUUGACUUAAAAUUUUUAAAAAUAGCUGAAUAUAUGUGUAGACCAUGAAAUUUUCACCUGAAGUGUCAUGAUUGCAUGAUAAUGCAUCAGGGUUUUUUUCCUGGCAGAAAUGGGUCACAGAUUAAAGAAGCUCCGUUCGCUGCUCUGCACUACGAUCCAGCCACCAGACAUUAGUUUAGUUAGUUUCACCAAGUCCCAAAUAAAAGCUCAGAACUUAUACAGGCGGUGUUGAGGCGGAAAGUUUUCGUGCUGCUCAGACUAUCUGCGAGGAGAUUUAUAGUCAUGCGGGGUAUUUUUGUAAAAAGAAAAAAAAACGGGUGGCCUAGACAGCAAAGAAUGUACGCAAAUUAUCUAUGAGUAGUCUAUGGAAUCAGAGUUCUAGAUAAAAUAUGCAAUGCUUGUCAGGUUAAAAAAAGGUUUCAGAACUGCUCAGGUUUGAUAAAUCCGGCCUCAAAGGGUGCUUUCCGUCCUUUUUCCUUCCUUUCUUCUGUCUCCCUUGUCCUCUGUUCUGUCAGGCACAUACAACCAUCUCGGCUCAUAAACGAAAAAACAAAAAGGUGAAGAAAUAAAGGGAUCCACUGUGUAGCAAGCGUCAAAAGUUCUGAGAUGUCACAUCAAACUUUUGACUUUUUAUUUGAAAAUUCUAAAAUUUAAUUUUUUUACCUCAUAAUUUCACUUACAAGUACAAAUUUGAGAUAAAAAAAUUGGAGAUAUUAAGUCAAACGUGUGAUUUUUUAAAAAGAUACUCAAAGUUAAGAUUUUGUCUUAUUACCUCAUAAUUUUCAUUUAAAAAGUGCAAAUUUUACACAUUUGUUGCAGAUUUUUGCAUAAGCAUACUUAUUUUUAUUGUUCUCUAAAUCAUGACUUGUGUUUGUGGGUCAUUUGGGUUCUUUGUGCACCGCUGUACAGAAGCCCAUUUGUGCCAGAAACAAACAGAAAAUGCUAGAAAUAACAAAAACACAAUAAAAAAUUGGAGAUAUUAAGUCAAACUUGUAACUUUUUAAUGUCAAAAUUAUGAAAAGAGGCUCAUAAAGUUCAAAUUUCAUCCAUUUCCUUGUAAUCUUAAUGUAAAAAGUACAAAUUUUGCACAUAGUUGGCUAAUUAUGACAAAAAAAAUAUAUGGAAGGCGUAAAAAAUUCUAGGAUGUUAAGUCAAACUUUUGACUUUAUUUCAAAAUUAUAAAAUUUGAAUUUUUUUUACCUCAUAAUUUCACUUCAAAGUACAAAUUUGAGAUAAAAAAAAUUGGAGAUAUUAAGUCAAAUGUGUAAUGUUUCUGUGAAAAUUAUUAAGAGACAAAGUUAAGAUUUUGUCUUUUGUGCAAAUUUUACACAUUUGUUGCAGAUUUUUAUUGUCAUAUCUCUAAACCAUGACUUGUGAGUGUUUGUGGGCCAUUUGGGUUUUUUUUGCACCACUCUACGGAAGCCUAUUUGUGCCAGAAACAAAAAGAAAAUGUUCGAUAUGACAAAAAUAUAAAGAAGCGUAAAAAAUUCUGAGAUGUUAAGUCAAACUUUUUAGUUUCUCGUGUCAAACUUAUAAAAUUAUUUUUUUUUACCUAAUUACCUAAUAAUUUCACUUAGAAAUAAAAAUUUGACACAUUUGUUGGUGAUUUUUGCAUAAAUGUGGUUAUUUUUAUUGUCAGAGCACCAGCAGAUCACCACCUCUUUUAAAGCUCCACGUCCACUGGGAACCUUUUCUCUACUACCAUCUUUUUUUUUGUUUUUUCACGUUGUUUACAGCAGAUAGGUCUCGGUGUUGCAUGUACAGAAAGCUUAGCAUGCUUAUGGUAUGUUCUUAAAAACUCGCAAAAAACACACUUAUACCUACCGCAGAGAGGUUUUUCGUUCUUCUAAUGGUCUCCGUAAACAGCAGGACCAGCGUUUUUAUGACUAGAAAGCAGAUUAAACACAGCGGACACAACAAAGUCCUACGUCUUGUAUGCAGCCGUCGGUGCUCGUAGAUGUUUUUCUGUCAGACUCUGUUCCUAGAUGGGGUUAUGUUGUUUAAAUGUCUAUGAACUAUAUGUGUCUGUAUUCACUAUUUUACUACCCGCUGUCCUAUUUAUGGAAAAAAUUACCGAUCUUUGUGCAUCUAUGUAGAAAACCCAGAAGUCUCGGGUUUACCUGGACAGUGCAUUAACACCUUCUACGAGCCUUUGUGUGUUUAGAUAUUUCAGCAAACCAACAGGACGCGUCGUGAACCUCCCAGUCUGAGGCUCUGGGUUUGAUUUGCUGUUUUUUUUUUUGUUUUUUUUUUUUUAAAGGAAAUUUUCUGUUUUUUGUCUGUUUUCUCUCUUCUCAAGGACCUUGUUCAGCCUACUCAGUAUACUUGCAACUAUGGAAACACACACAAUAACUUCAAUAAUUCUGAAACCAGCAGAUCUUUUACAAAGACAUGCAAAUGAGCUAUUUAAAACAACAGAAAAACAACACAUACCACUUUUCUUAUAUUUUCUAUGUCAAGAGUUCCUCGCUUCGCUGUGACUGCAGACGAUGCGUUCUGCAGACACUCAGGGGUCGGCUCUGUCCGGUCGGGUCGGGAUGGUCGGAAGGUGCCAAAGAUGAGCAAAGUGAGGUUGUUUUUUUGUUCGGGGUUGGUGGGGCGAGCGCAUGGUUAACAAAUGUGUGUCACGAAAAACUCUCAGCCGGGCAAAGUCAUAUUAUCUCUGGAGCAGUGCUGCCACAAUUCACCAUAGAAAGAAGCAACCAGCUGGAUGGAAAGAAGCCCCAAAAAAAAGCCCAACUGCCACAUUGUGUGAAUGACAGGCCUCUUGUACCAGUAUAAAUAUAUACAUUUAUUUUUGCUUGCAGUAAAUUGACAGUAAACAAAGUGGUAUAAAAACUUUGAAUAACUUAUGUGUGACAGGCUAUCUAUCUUUAGCGUAUUUAUUUGUUUAGUAGUGGUGAAACUAACGUCCAUAAAGGUACCUGUCCACUAGAUGCGUUUUUCCCGCAUGUAAACGCAUCGCAUCUGAACAUCGCACGCAUGGUGGGCGGUCACUAGCGGGAACAACACAGCGUUUGAGCUUUAGCGGCCACUAGCGGUCAUGUGACCGUGCUUUCAGCUUGAAAACACUUUAGGAAAAAGUAUUUCUGAAAGUAUUUCAGGUGAGAAAUAAGCUGUGCAGUAGCUGAAUCUGUCCUGUUUUAGUUCACCGACGGCUAGUUCAGACGUUUGCUGAAAGUUGGAUCUCCACACGCCGGUCUGGUUGCGGUGUGUUUCAAGCUGUCUUCCGCAGCUCAUUUUCAUAAAGAAGACUUUACUUCUACUUUAUGCAAAUUCAAUGCGGCGUGACACAUCGCGAAACUUUCCUCAAACGUCUAAACUAGCCGUUGAUGAACUAAAACGAGGACAGAUUCAGCUGCUGCACAGCUUCUUUCUUGCCUCAAAUGCUUUCAGAAUUCCUUUUUGCUGAAGUGUUUUAAAAUAAAAGAGAAAGUUUGCAGCCGAGCCGCCAUGUUGGUCUGACGCAUCUACCGGACUGUCAAGCUGAAAGCUGCCAUGUGACCAUGUUGUGGCCCGCUAGUGACCGCCCACCAUACCUGCGAUGUUCAGAUGCGGCGCAUUUAUGUGCUGGAAAAGCGCAUCUAGUGGACACGCGGCUUCAGCCUCAUGGACUUACCAUGGAGUUAUCUUUUAGCCUUUUUUUUGGCUUUGUUGACAGGACAGUAGUGAGACAGGAAAGAGGGGAGAGGACCUGCAGCAAAGGGCUGGAUUCUAACCCACAGCUGCUGCUUAUGGGUCGCCCGUUCAACCCACUGAUCUACCGGGGUGCAGAGGGGUUUUUUGUGCUAUUUGGUGCCAACAUGCUGUAUUAAAUCUGUAUGGUUAGCGCGUAUCCCACAUUUAGAAAAUCAACAGAACGCCUUCGAGUUUUCUCCCACCUGAGUUUGGAUCCAGUCUUUCAAUGUGCUCUCCUUCUCUUUGUUGUAUUUUUUUGCCAUAUGUCCCCCACUUUUUCCCGCUUAUUGUUACCGCCUCUCUCUGACAGACUCUCAGGCGUUGUUGGGAAUGUUUGUGAGUGUGGGUCGGGGAGAUAACCAAGAAACGGGAAAGGAAAGGACAAACUAACGCUUUGCUGUGGAGAGAAUCAGGAGGUUCAUACAGGCAGCAAAGCAAGCCCAAAUAAGUGACUACACUUUAGAAAACAAGCCCAAAAACCCACAACUGAUGAGAUUUGCAAGUGGUUUUUGGGACUAGCCCAAAUAGCAAUUUCUUGCCUCCGGAUAUUCGGCCGCGAUUAAUGAUGAUUAAUAUCCAAAUAUUCGGAUCAGUUCAUAACAUCCGGAUAUUAUUCGUAUUCGGAUAUUCAGGUCCAGCCCUAGUGAUUUUCUGAUUUUACAGAAAAACAAGCCCAAAGUCACUUAUAAUUCAAUUCAAUUUUGUUGAUAUAUCUCCAGUUAUAAUUCAAAUUGUUUCAAGAUGCUUUACAGAACCCAUAUCCUGUCUUCUCGGUGUCGAGUUGUUUGGGAAAGCAGCCAGUAAACUCCGUCUAAGGCUAAAUAGUUUUCUCUUUUUCCCAACAGUUUUUCACGUUUAAAAAGAUCCCCUUUAUCACAAUGCAAGCUCAGAGGUCUUUUCCGCACACGUAUAAUAGUCAGACGUGGCAACACUGCUCCGGAGACGAGGUCGGAGAGUUGGAAGCUAUCGCUCGAUGCCCGAUCGGCGGAGGGAAUCGUCCUUCCUCGUGUCGCCGUGUCCGGAUCUCAGCAAAGUUCGUCGGUGAAAUUUCUCGCGCAGGUCAGUCCGCUGCAAAACGGGAGGAAAAUUUAAAAAAAACACAGUUUGCAGGGAUACACAUGGCCAUUCACUGUCCGAAGAGUAGAUAUCUCUCCUUCAGUCUCUAUCCACAGGUGCCAGAUACUCAUAUAUAUAUAUUUUCAGGGUAAAACAAAGAGUAGCAGAAAGUAUUUAAAAGUCAGUUUACUUUUCUAGAACUUUCAUCACACAGGAUAUUAUAUAUACACAUAAAUAUAUAUAUAUAUCUCCGUUUCUCCAGUACUACCAAGCCUCCUGGUGUCUGGUGCACGUCGGACCACACAGUAAUAAAAUGUCUACUAUUAAUAAUAAUAAAUAAACCCAGGUUUUUAUUGUUUUUUUUUUAAAUUUUAUUUUCCUCUUUCUUUAGUUACCUCUCAGUUGACGUCACUGUCGCUGGCAUGCAAAAGCAAAAGGAACAAUAUUCAGGAUUCAUUCCCUUCACGAAGCACAGGGGUAAAAUAAAAAGAAACAAAAGGACGUAAGGCGGAGCUCCGCCGUUACGUCUUUUUACCACAUAAACUUCAACACACGACAGCGCAGGAAAAACCUCCGAUUAUCUACUGUGAUCUCCUCUCACGCCACCCACACCUCCAUCACACCUGAACCCCUCUCCUCUCACCUGGACCUGUCCUCCCCUCCAGCGAUCACCCAACACCCCCUGCUGUUCCCCGAGCGCCCACCACCCUCCUUUUACCUCCUCUCGCCUCCUCUUUUUCCUUUUUGUUUGCGUCCUCCUCCCUGCCGAGUCCAGUGGGUGGUGUGAUGUCAGGUUUUUAUGGUGGGCUGCUUACGACAGGUCCAGACAAUCAGCGUGUUUGUAAAUGUCAAUGUGUGAUUUUCAAAUUCUUUGUUUAUGGUCAGGGUUUUAAAGGAAGAUAUUUUUAUGGUAAUUGUCGCUGGUCUAUUUUACUAUAUAUUUAUGUAAUAAAUAUGUGACUAAAUUUA